UCGUAAAAUACCGGGAGGCGACACGAGAUGCACAACCGCGUCGGAUGAUUGCCUCAGCUCGGGCACGAGUGCUGAGACCUCACGCGCUGCAUGGCGAGGGACUUCCCAUGAGGUCAAAGCGGCGCAGGUCAUGCAAAAGGACGCGUUCGCUGUUUGGUCCAAAAAAUUUGAAAACUCAAUAAAAUUAUCCUGCACACAACGAAUCCAGUGUCAGCAGUUCGUUUUGUUUUUCUAAGUAAUAAUACUUUGUGCCUUGGCCUUCGAAGUAAAGGAUGAUGGAGCUUGACAGAGAUGACUGCCAAAGUGAUGAGUCCACCGUGGAAGAUGUAGAUGACGCCACGUAUUCACUUGGUGACCUGAGUUGUGGGGAUGUUCAGCUGUGGGCUACAGAUUUGGAAGUUACAUCUGCAGUGCUAGCGAAUCUGAUAAGCUACCUGCAUGCCACGGCUGCCGCUGCUAUCAGGAAAGCGUCAAUAGCACCAUCCAAAGCUGCUGAAGCCAUCCCCGAACCGGUGAUUGACAAUUUGUCUCACCUUGCUGAAAAGUACCAUGGUGGUUGGUGCUUGGUGGCCGUGCGGCGUGAGCUGGAAGGAGCAAGGUGUCGCAACGACAACUUGCUGCAGCUUAUACCUUUAUUUGGCAAGGAUGCCGUGACAAGCCUUCAGCCUUGUUUGGAGAAUUCAGGUGGCCCGUCGUGGCUCGGAAGCUCUGUAUAAGACACCAUACGUCACAGAUAAAAACAACUGAACCAGUGAUAUGUGAAUUUUGCGCUUGUGUGUGUGUGUGUGUGUGUGUGUGUGUGUGUGUGUGUGUGUGUGAGUGUGUGUGUGUGUGUGUGUGUGUGUGUGUGUGUGUGUGCUUCUGUGAUAAGUGGUAUAAGCAGUCCACAGGGUAUUCACCUUGAGUGCAUUCGCCGAUAGUGUGACUUUCGUCGCACAGAACCUUCUUCAGUUGGUCAGGUGACUCGGCGUGGCUCGGAAGCUCUGUAUAAGACAAAAUACGACACAGAUAAAAACAACUGAACCAGUGA